GCUAGCGUUAUCGGGCAGAUAACACAUUCAAAUUGGAUCAAUGAUUGGGUGUAAAAUUCCGUAAUCAACGCUGGAAAAAGUUGUGUCAUCCUCCAUUGCGAUUGGUUGUCGGCCGUCCUUCGAUUCAAAUUCGAUCAAUCGAUCGCUAUUAAAUUUUGCACUCUACCUGAAAUUGUCAUAUGAUCCAUUCGAGUAGGCUGGGCCGCGUAAGCCAUAUUUGUCAGUCAGUUCGCUAGCGCCUUUUACACCUGACCGACCUGAGAAUACUCUACGGAAAGAUGACGAGCGAAAACCCAAUCUACGGACCGUUCUUCGGAGUCAUGGGGGCAGCCUCAGCCAUCAUUUUCAGUUCGAUGGGUGCAGCGUACGGUACUGCAAAAUCAGGCACCGGCAUUGCGGCCAUGUCGGUGAUGCGACCGGAACUGAUCAUGAAAUGCAUCAUCCCCGUUGUCAUGGCGGGUAUCGUGGCGAUCUACGGCCUGGUUAUCGCCGUACUUAUUGCCGGUGAGAUUGCGGACAGUCCGAACUACCCCUUAUUCAAGGGCUUCGUACAUCUAAGCGCAGGCCUGUCCGUAGGCUUCUGCGGUCUGGCGGCCGGUUUCGCCAUAGGCAUUGCAGGAGACGCAGGCGUGCGUGGAACAGCUCAGCAACCCCGACUUUUCGUCGGUAUGAUCUUGAUCCUCAUCUUCGCCGAAGUGUUGGGUCUGUACGGCCUCAUUGUAGGCAUCUACCUCUUCACCAAGUCCUAAGCGCACCGCCCACAAUCAUCAACCACCAUCCCUAUGAACUUUUAUGUCGGAAACAUGAUAUUUUCGGUUGCGGUGACAUUGUAGAAAAGUUUCUGGUUACCUACUGAGAUAUGUUUCAGAUACAGCGACAGAUAUGUUUCAAUGAAAUAUUGCUGUGCAUCCGAAAUAUACCUACUGUGACAAUAGAUUGGCAUGUUUGUUCUGCCUAAUGAUCGAAACCAGGUCUUUAAUUGGAAAAAAUACUGUCGUUUCGGGAGUUACAGAACCUUUUUUCAAAGUAUAAAGUUUGAAAACAUGGCGAAUCAAAACUUAUUUCACUGUGUACUUUGAACAACUAUCAAAUUCAUUUUCAUUGAUCAUUCACAUUUUUAAGUUAUACUUUGUAAAAGGAUGAUACAUGAUCAGCAACCGAAAGGAAAGUAAUUUUUUUUAUUUAGUAUAUAUGCAAUAUAAAAAAAACUAUUUUGAUAUUUAUAUAGUCUAAAAUAAAACUUAAUACACA